GGAGGAAAAAAAAAAAAAACAGAGAGAGAGAAAGAAACAAAAAUUGAAAAUUCGAGCCAGAUUAAUGGUGGACGUUGAAACCUCUUCCCUUUCUUCGCGACUUCAGCCAAGUUGCAUUUCGUCAGAGGAAAAAGAACAUAAAUUGUGAUAAAGAGACGGACACACAUAAUAUAUAAUGUUUUGAAGCUUCGAUCUCAAGGUCAUUAAAAAAGAAAAAAGAAAAAGAGGCUUCGAUCGUGCUGAACACUUCUGGCUUUGAUCGUUCGAUUGACGGCUUGGUUUGGGUGAGCUUCAAGUCGGAGAACCAUGAGCAACCUGAAAACGCUAUGUAGACCGCAACCACUGUUCUCCUUCAUUAGUUGCAGACAACUAUUUCGAGCUAGGGCUUCAUUUCGAAGCCCUAAUUGCAAGCCUCGUUCACCAUCGGCCUCAAUAUACUCUACAUGGUUGGAUCCCCCGGUUUCGAGCAGAAUUGAGUUUGGGUUUCGCGGCAGCCAGAGGAGAACCGUGGUCAAGGCAUCCAAUUGGACAGAGCAAAAAUCCCCAUACGAAACUCUUGAAUUAGAACGAGAUGCUGAUGAGGAUCAGAUAAAGAAUGCUUAUAGACGCUUGGCCAAAUUUUAUCACCCAGAUGUCUAUGAUGGCAGAGGAACCCUUGAGGAAGGUGAAACAGCAGAAGCAAGGUUCAUAAAGAUUCAAGCUGCUUAUGAAUUACUUAUCGACGACGAGAGACGGCGGCAGUAUGAUAUGGAUAACCGAGUGAACCCAAUGAAGGCAUCCGAGGCAUGGAUGGAGUGGCUUAUGAAAAAGCGAAAGGCUUUUUAUCAGCGAGGUGAUAUGGCUAUUGCUGCUUGGGCAGAGCAGCAACAGCGUGAGUUAAAUAUCCGUGCACGUAGUCUAUCUCGUUCAAAGAUUGAUCCAGAAGAAGAGAGGAAAAUCCUGGCAAGAGAAAAGAAAGCUUAUGCUGAAAAUUUCAACAAUACCCUUAAGAGGCAUACGCUUGUAUUAAAGAAAAGAGAUUUAAUGCGAAAAAAGGCUGAGGAAGAAAGAAAGAAGACUAUCACUCGGCUGUUGGCUGAAGAGGGUCUUGAGCUUGAUUCAGAUGGUGAUGAUGCACUGUAGCGGACACGAGGAUCCUUUUUUUUUUUUUUUUAUAGGGAUGAUACUAUACUCCUACUCUCCCAGCCCAAAUACAAUACUUGGUUUCAAUUACUGAAGUCUGCACAAAAGAAAUGUGUACAUAUUUUGUAACUCGUAGUACGAAAUUAGUGAAAAGUUUGAAAAUAUAGCACCCUUUGAUGAUGUGUUA